AAGGAAAAAAAAACUGUCCUCUGUCUCCGCUACCGGAGGCACCAUUCUACCGAACAGCUCGCCGGCACCGCCGCCUCUUCCUUAUUUCGGCGACUAAUCCCGACGUCUACCAAACAUUUCAAUGGCGGAGAGGUUCUUCUCCGGCGACGCACCUCCGUUAGACGACGCCGGCAUCAUCCUCCUCUCGGGCCCUCCGUGCUGCGGGAAGACCUCGCUCCUUUUCCAGUUCGCGAUAAACCGUGCGGCGGAGAGCGGCCGGCAAGUGGUGUUCAUUUGCAGCAAGGGGAGGUUGGAGAAUAGUCCUCCCUUCUUGUCCCCGGGUGUUGAGCCAUCGCUGAGCGUGCUUCAGAGAAUACAAAUCAAAUACAUUGAAGAUGAUGAGGGAAUCAGAAAGUACUUCGCUGCAUUUCACCUGCUUAAUGACUUCCCUGCUGCAGUCAUUGUCGAUGAUUUUACCGGGUUCUUUUCAGAAAGCUGUAAUAGGAGCUGUCAGCUAAGAUACGGAAAUGCUAGGGCUCGUGAUCUAGCAUUGGUUCGCAUAUUAGCUUUGUGUCAAAAUGCUAUUUCGCAUGCAAAUGCAAAGCUUGGAACCAUUGGAUCUUGCAAUCUCUUGCUCUCUGAUGUACAUCAAGGUGACAGCCCAAGGUCCCUGUUCAUCUACAAGAGAUGGAUAGGUUCCAUAUAUACAAUCCAAGGUGACGGCUUAGGUUCGUAUGUACUGAAGAACAUUUGCGCCCCACAAACUGGAACCAAGGAAGCAAGAGCAGCUAAAUACUCAAUAGCUUUACAAUACCUUGUUCUUGAGGAAAUCAAAGAAUAAUCCGUUGCUAUUUAUGUGCGAGAUUUUAGGUUCGUAUUAGUCUGUGAGCUGAUUGCAAAUUUCAAAUCUUAAUUCCUAAUUUGGUAAGAUUUUCAGUUCAGAUUGGUCCAUGAAUUGGCUGUAAAUUCUAACCCUAAAUUUUUACGCUGAUGUUGGACAUUCCCUUGGGAUAAUAACAUUCCAGUAAGCUGUAAAAUAUAUUUUAGUCGAUACAUAAGAUUGCUUGUAUGUUUUACUCAGAA